AUGUCAGCGUGGAGCAAACGCGGGAGUUACAACCAUGAAUAUCACCACAAACAGAGCAGCUCUGUGCUUAAAGAAUACAGCAGCUCUGUUGCAAUGGAGGAGAGAUAUGAGCACACAAAACAAGCUCGCAUCCAGGAAGUGGUGAGGACAAAGAUGGACUGCAAAUAUGUUCGUGAGGAGCCCAUGAUCAGGGGACCACACUUUCUGGUCAGACUCAGGUCCCACACUGUGUUUGAAAACACUUCAGUCCAACUCUUCUGCACUGUGGGGGGAUACCCCAUGCCUAUUGUAAAAUGGUAUAAAGACGGCGUGACCCUGGACUUGUCCUCUGGAAGGUACCUGGUAGAAACUAAAGGUGGAAUCCAUUCACUGGAGAUCACGAGAUGCUGCACUGAUGAUACAGCCCAGUACACUGCUGUUGCCGGUAACCUCCAUGGACAGUCCUCUACUCAGGCCUCCAUCAUCGUCAAGAGAUUCAAGGAUGAUGAAGAGACCUGUCCAUAUGCGUGGUUGCCUUACACAGCUUCCAUGCUUCCCAAGAUCCAGUACACUAAAAUCAACAUUACUUUCACGGAGAAGUUCGGGCCUGUGUUUUCUGCUGAGGGAGGAUCUGCCACUCUGUCUGCUACCAUGACCCUGAACCCCAACCUGGCCAACCUGCAGCCUGAGGCCCAGUGGUAUAGAGAUGAAACUCGUCUGGCUGACUCUAAAUGGGUGAAGAUUGAAAUUGGCAGAGGAUACACCACCUUGACUCUUCCUAACCUGUUCAAAGACGAUGAAGGACUCUACAAACUGCGCAUGGUCACUAAAGGAGGAACCGCAGAACACAGCGCUUUUGUAUCUGUUGCAGAUGGUCCUCCCCCAGUCCCUGGAGCUCCUGGUGCUCCUAUGGACAUCAAGAUCCACGAUGCCAAUAGAGACUAUGUCAUUGUGUCAUGGAAGCCACCUAAUACCACCACAGAGGGUCCAAUCCUGGGAUACUUUGUGGACAAAUGUGAGGUUGGCACUGAAAACUGGACUCAAUGCAAUGAUCACCCCAUUAAGAUCUGCAAAUACCCAGUGGCUGGGCUCUUUGAAGGACACUCCUACUACUUCAGAGUCAGAGCUGUCAACUCCCAAGGAGUAAGCAAGGCGUCCCGCAUGUCUGAUCCCAUCGCUGCUCUGGACCCCACUGAGUUUGAGAGGCUCCACGCCAAAAGGCUUGGCGGAAAACUGGAUGUUGUGUCUUACCACGAUGAAGUUGAUGCUGAGGGAAAGCCUCCCGGUGCUCCAUCAGGAAUGUACGCCUCAGAAACCGACAGGACGUAUGUUGUUCUGAGCUGGAAAGCUCCUAAAUAUUCCAGCAAGGCUCCCAUGUGGUACUUUAUGGAAAAGAGCAUGGCAGACAGUAAUGUGUGGCAGCGUAUCAACACUCAGGUUCCUAUUCGAUCCCCUCGUUAUGCCGUCUUUGACCUGGCAGAGGGAAAACAAUAUCAGUUCAGAGUGUUGUCGGCCAAUAUCUAUGGAAUCAGUGAGCCCUCCGAGCCGACAGGCCGGAUCGAGACCCAGGAACUCAAAGGUGUGCCAUCAGCUCCCGGUCAGGUGAUUUCUACAAGAGAAACAGACACCUCCGUCCUCAUCCAGUGGGCUCCUCCAAAGGAACCCAACAAUCUCAUUGGUUACUACAUCGACCAGUGUGUUAAAGGUUCCAAAGACUGGACCUCAGCCAAUCACAAGCCUCACAAGAACUGCAAGUUUGUGGUUAGUGGUCUGACCAAAGGAGAAACCUACGUGUUCCGUGUCCAGGCGAUCAACGAGCUGGGUCUCAGCGAUGAAUCCCAGGAGUCUGCUCCUCUGACUGUCAAGGCUGCUCUCACCGCCCCUUCUGCUCCUUAUGACGUGGCUCUGCUGUACUGUGACGGCAAAUCAAUGGUUCUGAACUGGAAGACGCCUCUGCACUCUGGAGGAGCAAAGGUCAAGGAGUAUUAUGUGGACAAAAGACGCAGUGGAACAGACAACUGGAGGGAGGUUCACAUCCCAUCAGUCAAAGAAAGACUGUAUAAGGUGGAGAGUCUGACCGAGGGAGCAGUCUAUCAGUUCCAGCUGUACGCAGCCAACCUGGCCGGCCUCGGAGCAGCGUCCGAGCAUUCUGCUGACUUCACUUGUGAGGUCUGGACGAUGCCUGAGCCUGGUCCUGCCUAUGACCUGUCUUUCUGUGAAGUAAGAGGCAGCUCUAUGGUGGUUGAGUGGCAAAAGCCUGUGUAUUCUGGUUCUGGACCAAUCACAGGCUAUUGUGUUGAGUAUGCUAAGAAGGGCACCUCUGACUGGGUCACAGCCAACGAGAAAUCUGUCAGUCAUCGCUUCCUUAAGGUAACAGGCCUGGAGGAGGGCAGCCAGUAUGUGGUGAGGGUGCGUGCGGUCAACGAAGCAGGAGCGGGCAUGGCUUCAAUGACCUCUGACCCUGUGACCGCCAAGGCUGUGGAAGGUUCUCAGGAGGUUUCCUGUGUGGUGGACGAGAAGUCCGGUGACAUCGUUAUGUUCUUCACGUCCUGCCAAAUGAACGAGGGCUCUCAGUUUGCCUGGAAAAAAGAUUAUAAAGAAAUAACAGAUUUCUCCAAAGGAGUGGUGAUUAAGACAGAAGGCAGCAGUUCCAAGCUGAUCUUUAAGAACGCAGUUAAAGAAGACUUUGGAACUUAUUCUGUUUCUGUCACCAGCACAGAGGGAAUUUCAUCCAGCUAUACAAUCUCUGCUGAGGAGUUGGCAAAGAUGCUGGCACUCAGCUAUGAUAUCAGACACCCAAUCAUCCCCCUGAAGUCAGAGCUGGCAUAUAAGAUUUUGGAGAGAGGAAGAAUGAGGUUCUGGCUGCAAGCUGAAGAGAUUUCUUCCAAUGUCACGUACAAAUUCUUCGCAAACAACAAGGAACUGUCCGGAGCUGAUCCCAACAAGAUGGGUCAUGACGUCGCUACAGGUAUCAUCGAGUUCAUCAUGGACCAUUUCACUGAGGAGAAUCAGGGCACGUUCACCUGCCAGAUCACAGACGGUGGAGGCAAAGGACAGAGCUCUUUGGUUCUGAUUGGAGAUGCUUUCAAGGCAGCGUUGGCUGAGGCUGAGUACCAGAGGAGGGAGUACAUCCGAGUCAAGGAAGGUCCCCACUUCAGUGAGUUCCUGACACUUCAGGUUGGAGACGACUGCUCUGUCACUUUGGUGUGCAAGGUUGCUAAUUUGAAGAAGGAAUCCGAGUUCCACUGGUACAGAGAAGACACAGAGAUAAUCCCCGAUGUGAAGCCUGACCUCGGAUCGGGACUCUGCAAACUGCCAAUUAAACUGUUUUCAUUGAAGACAACGGGAGUUUAUAAAGCCACCAUCAGUGAUGACAGAGGAAAAGACAUGAGUCAAAUUGACAUCUCCGGAAAAGUCUUUGACAAUGCCAUAAAUAAGAUCAGCCAACUGGCAGGAGCCAGUGCAGCAGAGGUGGUGAUUCACUGCACAGCUACAGGCAUUCAGCUGCAGUGUCACCUGAAGUAUUACACCUCAGAGAUGAACAUCACUUGGGUUAAUGGUGAGACUAAACUCUCCCACAGUGACAAGCAUGUGAUUGGAGGAACCCCUGCUAUGGCAACAAUGGAGGUGAUCGAGCCCGAGGGAAGGGAUAAAGGAAUGUACUCCAUCGUGAUCGCCAACCCCGAAACCUCACAUAAACGCACACUGGACCUCAGCGGUGAUGUAUUUGAAAAGGCCUUUGCUGAGUUCCAGAGACUCAAGGCAGAGGCCUAUGCUGAAAAGAAUCGUGGUAUGGUUGUCGGAGGACUGCCUGAUGUGGUCACCAUUAUGGAAAAGAAGACCCUGAGUUUAACUUGCACAGUGUGUGGGGACCCCAAGCCGCAGGUCUCAUGGCUGAAGAACGGAGCGGAGGUUGAACCCGAUGAUCAGUACGUGGUCUCCCUGGACCAGGGCAGGUUUGCCAGUCUGACGAUCAAAGGUGUUUCCAUGGAGGGUUCCGGCAAAUACACCAUGAUUGUCCAGAACAAAUACGGAGGGGAAUCUGUGGAUAUAGUGGUGAGUGUGUACCGCCAUGGAGAGAAAAUCCCUGAGGCGAAACCAACCCUGACUCCUAAAACCAUCAUCCCUCCCAAACUCCCAAUCGAGAUCCCUCAGUCUAAGAGCGUGUCAGCUCCAAGCCCUGCCCCCUCCGCUCCCAGCCCCGCCCCUCCCAAGCCGGCACCAGGAAAAGGUGCGAAGAGCCCCACUCCCACCAGGAGGAAGUAG